AUGCCAGCUGAGGCUCCUGCUUCGGCUGGCCCGUCUCAAGAACGACGGGCGUCUGCCAGGCGCUUCUCGAGACGAGAUGGGAUGGUGAGCCCGAAUUACGGCGAUUCGCACCCAUAUGACGGUUCGACUAGUGAAGGCUCUGACUCGGAGGUAUUGCCUCCGCCGUACGUGGUGAUCCCAUAUUCAGACUUUGCGGAAAACUCCGUACGACAGGCUCAAGCCCGUGUGCGUGACGAGCCUACCGAGCGCGCUCGCCACUUCGUUCACAACAGGGGCAUGUUUCGCUCCAAGUCGCUGUUUAGUUUGAUGAAGCCUGUGAAGAUCGAUGACCUGGAGGAAGACGACAGGAUGUGCAUCAUCUGCUACAACGACUUUGGUGUUUGCGCGCCCGAGGGCAUCGUCGAGCACCCUCUCCGGAUGCCCAAAUGCAACCAUGUGUUUGGUCACCACUGCAUCCGGCGGUGGCUGGUGCAACACAACACUUGUCCGUACUGCCGCGGUCGCAUCGAAGAUCCGACAACCGACGGGCACCGUUCAGCGUCAGGCAGCUUCCGUCGAUUCAACGCAAACCUGCCUUUCAGUUCCCCCUCUCAAAGUAGCCGAUUUCCAUACCACCGGUCUGGACUCUUUGCAAGCUCCGAUGUUCGGACUCCGACGACAUCGACUGCCGCGGGCUCUAGCACGGGUACGGCCAGGACGGACGACAGCACGAGCAGCUCUCGGCAUACAGCUGUUGGAGAACGGAGGCCGGCUUCGUCCAUGGAUUCUUCGGAACAGCCGCCCCGCCAGCGUGCUAGAACUCGCCACGUCCCGUCCCGCUCUUCGGCCGCUGCCGUCGGCACAUAUCCGCACAAUACUCUCCACAUCCAAGGCAACUUGCAAAUGCAACGCCAGCCGCCGCCCACAUCUCACGCGUCGAUGCCAACCUUUUGGCAUGUUCCUUUCAAUGGUAUGCAGUCACCACCGGGUCAGCUGCCUCCGAACCCAUUUUUGUCGGCCUCCGAUCAGCCCAACGACUACUCGGUGCCGUUGCGUCGUCCCAGCCACCCCAUGCAGGGUGCACAAACGUUGCAUACACACGCUGCCUCUUCCAGCAUCAAUAGCAAUAGCAACAGCAACAACAACGGAGGGCCGAACAUGCCGGCCUGGGGCAUGCCGGUGCUCCCCUUACCAACGGCGUCAUCGACCGCUGGUUUACCAGCCAACGCAAGCCGGCCAGUCUAUUCGACCCCGUUCAACCACCAGCUCCCUCUAUCGCUACAGCCGAUGCCGACGCCCUCUUUUGUCUCCAACCCCGGCAUGCAGCACACACAGCAACCGACGGCCAUGUCAGCCUCGGCCCAAACAUCGCCGGUGGUGACCCAGCUUCAGGAUCUUGCCACCGAAACCAAUACAUCUUCUCAUCACACCGCACCGUAA